AUGCCCGCGAAGGUGUCUAUUGCUCAGAGGAAGCUGAUCAGUGGCAAUAAUAUAUCAAGUCAAUAUGUAACGUUGAGCAGUGAUACGUCGUCGAAUAUGAUUGCACUGGCCAAGAAGUUUGCACUGCAUAUAUGCAUUGAUUGUUCGCACCAAACGCGCCGAAUGGUGCUGAAACUACAUUAUUUUGGGGUCACUUUGUCAUCGCAGCGUCCUUUAAACGGGGAGUGCUGGUAUGUCAAUCAUAUCUGGAGUUUCUCGUUUAGUAUCAGCAAAUUGUGUAUUGCGUCAACCAAGAAAAUAAAAUGA